AUGGCGGCUCGCGGCCCCGCGGACGCGGCGGCGGCGGCGGGCGGCAUGGGCGGCCACGGCCUGCGGUUCCUAAAUGACGAGUGGAACGACAGCAUAUCCAACGGCGACCCCUUUACCCUACGCUGGAAUCAGACCGUCGACAAGGGCGGCUCCCAGCUCAGCCUCUUCAAGGUCACGUACCCAGAGGACGGCGUCAUCGUCUAUGAGCUGGUCACAAACUUGACUGAGUCUAUGGACACCGCGCAAUGCGUGUGGACGCCGGAUCACCUGGAGGGCGGGCUGUACGCCCUAUGGCUCAGCAACGGCCAGCACGCUCAUGCGAACUGGACCAUCUCCCCUCCCUGGGUGCCCAAAGAAGAGCCCAAAAGAAAUACAGGCGGCCAUCACUUACACUGGGCUGCCCCCAUCAUCAUCCCCGUGGUCUGCCUCCUUGUCCUCUACGGCAUAUGUCUGACGGCGUACCUAUUACACCGCCGCCGGAAAAAGGCCAAGCGAGACAAGGAAGAUGCGACGCCGCAUCAGGACGUCAGCCGGAACAACUCGGUCGACUCGGCCGUCACGGUGCAGACAUUCACCGUCGACGCCGAGGAGUUCAAGGAAAAGUACGGCCGGCUACGCGCCGCCAGCAACGGCGGCGAGAUUUGGAUCUUCACCGACGCCUCGGACCAUGCCGACAUCACCGUCGGCGGCAUUCCCGAAAAGGACAUUGCCGACGUCGAACUCGGCAGUGGCGGCGGCGGCGUCGUCGGCGGCGACGACGAGGAGAAUGUACAUGAAAUCGAUCACCGGACCAUCGGUAUCGGCCUGUAA